CCUCCCCUCCUCACAGCUUCUCCCCGCUCCGAGCGACCUCGCCCGCCUUCGUCCGGUCCACGCGCCUUCUGCGCCCCACCAUGGCCAGGGGCCCGGGCUCCGCGCUGCGGCCGCUGCCGGCGCUGCUGGUGCUGGCGGCGGUGGCCGGUUACGCGGCCUCGCAGACCAACUGCACCUGUGCCACCAACAAGAUGACCAUCUGCGGCCCGGACGGCCCGGGCGGCGCCUGCCAGUGCCGGGCGCUGGGCUCGGGCGUGGUGGUGGACUGUUCCACGCUGACCUCCAAGUGCCUGCUGCUCAAGGCCCGCAUGAGCGCCCCGAAGAGCGGCCGCGCGCUGGUGCGCCCCAGCGAGCAGGCGAUCGUGGACAACGACGGCCUGUACGACCCCGAGUGCGACCCCCAGGGCCGCUUCAAGGCGCGCCAGUGCAACCAGACGUCCUCGGUGUGCUGGUGCGUGAACUCGGUGGGCGUGCGCCGCACCGACAAGGGCGACCCGAGCCUGCGCUGCGACGAGGUGGUGCGCACCCACCACAUCCUCAUCGACCUGCGCCACCGCCCCGCCGCGCGCGCCUUCAACCACUCCGACCUGGACGCCGAGCUGCGGCGGCUCUUCCGCGAGCGCUACCGCCUGCACCCCCGGUUCCUGGCGGCCGUGCACUACGAGGAGCCCACGAUCCAGAUCGAGCUGCGCCAGAACGCGUCGCAGAAGGCCCCCGGCGACGUGGACAUCGCCGACGCCGCCUACUACUUCGAGAGGGACGUCAAGGGCGAGUCCUUGUUCCAGGGACGCCGCGGCCUGGAUGUGCGCGUGCGCGGGGAGCCCCUGCACGUGGAGCGAACGCUCAUCUACUACCUGGACGAGAAGCCCCCCGAGUUCUCCAUGAAGCGCCUCACCGCCGGCCUCAUCGCCGUCAUCGCCGUGGUCGUGGUGGCCCUGGUGGCCGGACUGGUCGUCCUGGUCAUCACCAAUCGUAAGAAGUCCGGGAAGUACAAGAAGGUGGAGAUCAAAGAACUGGGGGAGUUGAGAAAUGAACCGAGCUUGUAGGAACAGGGAAGAGGGGACGGGGGGGGGGGGGCGAGUUUGGCAGGAGUGGGGCGAGGGAGACACACCAGAUGUGGGUGACCCCCCCACCCCUCCUCCCCAGAUCAAAGUGAGUCGCUCAUCAUGAUUCCUGACCUAAAAGAGGUGUUCUCCCUUAGGGCCUACCCUCUCCUACCAUCUCCAGGCGCAACACAUUUGCUGAGAUCCUGGAUUCAGGGUCUCUUCUUUCAUAUUUCUUGAAGGAAGCAUUUCUAAAAGCACCCUGCCUUCCUUUGGGCCCAAUUAGAAAUCUAAGUGGGGAAGGGACGGCCCAGUCUUAAUGGGUCAGGAGCAAGUGUCUCAGACCCAGAGUCUUUUGCCAGUGGCUGGAUUCCAAUCCAUCUCAAAGGCUCACAUGAGUUCUGCUGGAAAGCAGUGUGUCUGCUUCCUUGGGUUUAAGUCAUCAGAGGAGUUCUCCUCCAUCUGACCUUCCCCAGGGAAGAGGUCUUUGCUAAUUGUACCUGUGUCAUGUCCUCAUUCACCAUGGUUUAUAUUACUGACCAGGUCUGCUGGCCACCAGGAAAGAAGCUGGUUUCUGAUGCCAGAACACAUUUUUCCAUGUCUUUUGUUGGAGGCCACACUGGCCCAGAAACAUGUAAUCAUUCCUCAGCUUAUCUUUAGUACAACUGAAAUUAAUAAUGUUUUCUUUUUGUAAAAAUGUGUGUGUGUGUGUGUAUAUAUAUAUAUAUAUAUAUAUGCUGUCUUUGAUAACGCUGCUGUGAUUUUUUAAAAAAAAAACAACACAAAAAACACGAAUUUAAUAAAAUACAAGAAAACCACAAACCCCCAAGAUGGAGUAUGGGGAAACUUCUUCCAGAUUUAUGCUACUUGGGUCUUCUCUGUCUUAAUUUUCUCACGACUUGGGUUUUGUAUUUUGAAUUCUACCACUUCUUUGCAGGAACAACCACCUUCAAAGCUACCUUCACUGGUCAGUACAAAUAUUCUUCUUUGUAAAUAAGAUUAUCAUUGGGGGUGGAGUGGGAUAUAGUUCAGUGGUAGAACACUUGCCUGGCAUGCACGAAGUCCUGGGUUCCAUCAGCAGAGGGUGAGAGUUAAGGAUGAUUUAGAAACUUCCUUUAAAGUGGGAAAGUAGGCCAGAUUCCUUGGCUAUCUCUGAUCAUGGAUUUCUUACAAGUGGUGAUGAAGAGCACCAACUUGUUUUACAAGCAGCCUCUCCUUUGAAUCCCAGCCCUGUGUUGAAAUAGGAGGUAACUUUCUCAUUUAGCCCUUGGGCAAAUUUCUUAAUCUCAAAGUGUUGUGGAUCUAGAAGAGGUUAAACAACUAUAGCUGGUCUGUAGUGGCCCUGUGAUCUGGCUGUGCUUAUAUCAGAUUGUUUCUCUAAGCUUUUAUUAGUAAUAUACCUUGAAGACUUAUAUUUCCUAUUUGCUGUAAAAA